AUUCCAACUCCACAACUCCUCCUCCUCUUUUGUCAUCCUCCUCUUCAUCCUCCGCCGCUUCGCCCCCCGAUCCUUCUCUCUUCCUCGUCUCUCUAUAUACCCCUCCCACGAGGAACACAACAACCACAACCCAAAAGAACAAAGCACCGAUCACAUUCCGAUCCUAAUCGACCGCUAGCGUCAUAUUCCCUCAUCCAUCCACCCGCACGAAAUAACUCACCCAUCACACUUCUUCCUCCACAGUCCCCCGCAAACACCCUCUAUUAUGGAAAAGAACGAUGAGAUCUACGACGCCUCGAGCGUCCACAGCGACAAGGAGUCCAUCGUCGACCUCCUCGCUGAGAGACCUGAGCAGGGGUCCAAUUUCCUGGCCUAUGCCAAUGUCGUCUGCGUUGUCGCAGGUACUGGAACCCUCGGUCUGCCUUACGCCCUCAAGUUGGGUGGUUGGAUUGGUGUUGGCAUCCUCAUCCUCUCCCUGAUCAUGAGUGUCUACACCGCCAUCCUGCUCAUGAAGUGCCUCUACUACAACGGCAAGUACCGCCUCUCGUCCUACCAGGAAAUUGGUCGCCAUGCCUUUGGCAAGCCUGGCUUGAUCGCCGUCUGGUUCUUCCAUACCUCCAUCGUUUUGGGUGCCCCUACCAUGUACCUGAUCUUGGCCGGCACAGAGAUGAAGGGCCUCGUCACCGGUGCUGAUAUCAGUGCCAAGGCCUGGAUCUGGAUCGCCGCUGCCGUUGUCGCUGUUCCCUUCGUGGCCAUGAAGACCUUGAAGGAGGUCGCCGUCAUGUCUGUCUUUGGUGCCCUCGCCACCGUCAUCCUGGUCAUUGUCGCUGUCCGUGGCUCGAUCAUGGACCUAAACAAUCACACUUAUCCCAACAUCCAUCACGACAAUGUCGUCCUCGCCAACCUCCCCACCACCGUCGCCUCGAUCUCCAUCUGCUUCGGAGGUAACGUCGUCUAUAUGCACGUCGAGGAGGCCAUGAGAUACCCUCGCAGCUGGAACCGUGUCGUCGCUGCCGCCCUCGGCACCUGCUCGAUUCUCUAUCUCGCUACCGCUAUCCCCGGUUACAUCACCUAUGGUGACCAGGCCCUCUCGCCCAUCCUCAGCAACUUGCCCCAGGAUGCCUUCACCAAGGUCGGAAUCGUUGUCAUUAUCGUCCACGUCAUUCUCGCGGCCCCCAUUCUCUUGACCUCCUUUGCCCUCGAGUUUGAGCGUCUGCUCGAUGUCACUGUUGCCCGUCGUGGCAAGGUCAUGGAGCGUGUGUACCGCACCAUCAUUCGCCUCGUUGUCGUGGGUGUCUGCGGUGGCAUUGCCUGCACUGUCCCCUACUUUGGUGACUUUUUGUCGCUCUUGGGUGCUCUCGGCAACUGCACCUUGAUCUUUGUCUUGCCCAUCCUCUGCUACUUCAAGUUGAUUGGAUGGAGACAGAUGAAGUGGUACGAGCUCGUCUGGUGCGCCAUCAUCGUCAUCAUCGGCCUCAUCAGUGCCGUCAUCGGUUCUAUCGAUGCUAUCAAGGCCCUCAAGACGAGCUUUGAGAACGAUGCCCAGAAUUAGAAGUGGAUUAUCUUUCCUUCCUCUUCAGACCUUUUUUGUACCAUAGACCUCGCCAACCUUAUUCCUCCUAUACUCAUUGUCAAUGAGCACGCCCCUUGUAUAAUAAAAUGUCCU